AUGGCAGAGAAUGGAGAUUUGCAGCAACAAAUCCUCCAGAAGACUCUCAAGGAGGUAGCGGACGAAGAGACAGAAGGUGCUGAUCCCUGCGUUAUUUGUCUGGAGACCAUCACAGAGCCAUGCGUUGGAGUACCCUGCCGUCAUGCCAACUUCGACUAUCUGUGCCUGCUUAGUUGGAUAGAGCAGCAGCCGAAUUGUCCUUUAUGUAAGGUUACUCUCACCGCUGUGGAGUAUGACUUGAAGGGACCUCAAGGCCCAAAAACUUACGUCGUACCUCCCGUCACUGUUCCCGGAACCACAGCCCGCGCCCAUAUACCACACGAGCAGCGAUUCAGAGGACACAGACGUCGACAAAGAUAUAAUCUGCCCCGAUCUCAGCCUUCGCCCAACAAUCCGAUUUCUGUCCGUCGCGAUGUGUAUCGUCAUCAGCUAUACUCUCUCCGGGUCGGGUCGAAUCGACUUUCCCAAUACACUGAGGUGACACCGGUGGAUUUCAACCGUGAUGAAGCGCUUGUAUCGCGCGCUCGCAAAUGGAUCCGUCGCGAAUUGCAGGUGUUCAGCUUUCUGCACCCGGGGGCAGAGGAUGCGCCGGAAGAGCGGCGGGAUCCCGUGCCUCGCUCGGGACAGCAGCGAUUAGAGCAACGGAGGGCAAAUAAUGCCGAGUUCUUGCUCGAGUACGUCGUUGCUAUUUUGCGUACCGUGGACAUCAAAGGGAGCGCCGGACAAGCAGAAGAAUUGCUGAGCGAUUUCCUCGGGAGGGACAACGCUCGUUUGUUUCUCCACGAAUUAUUGGCGUGGCUGCGAAGCCCUUACGAUUCGUUAGAGGACUGGGAUCGGCAUGUGCAGUAUCCUGCAUCAAGGACUGCCUCCCGCGAUAAGGAGUGGCGAGAUGCCAGCUAUCGUCGUGAUGCCUCUACUCAACCAGGCUCGACGCGCGCCCGUAGCGCAUCGCCUGCCCGAGAACGCGACCGGAGCUUAUUCGAUCGGGUCUCGAGGCCCGAAAGUUCACAGCCAUCUGCACGGAGGAUGGCUGCACCUAGGACUCGGGGUUCACAUCGACGUGCUCCAUGGCCAGAGCGGAAUCGGCAUCUUCUGGACCGAUAUAUUCCCGACUAG